AUACUUAAUGAAUUAAAUGGAAAGCAAGACAGUGAUUCCUGACAGGGCUAAAUGUAAGUCAAGCUGUGAAACUCCACAGCGCAGCCAGAAGUAGAGACGGACAAGUUGAACUGAAACCUGACCACUGCUUCUCAGCAAUUUUACUGAAUUAGCAAGAAGACCUUGGACCCCGGAUGAAACAGGAGAAAUGGAAAGUCCCCUGUGUGUCUCUAUUUUCUUGGUUUUGUGCGUCUUUAUCCAAUCAAGUGCCCAUGGACAAAGCCUGGGACUAGGGCCAUUUGGAAGAAGACCGAGAGCCGCUGAAACAAAGGAGGCAUCGCAGGAGACAGAGAUCAGAUUCCUGCUUUUUCAAGAAGAAACGGAUAAGGGCUGUCAGAUUCGGCUCAAUCACCCAGACACGUUACAGCAGUGUGGCUUCAACUCCUCUCUGCCUCUGGUGAUGAUAAUCCACGGGUGGUCGGUGGACGGCUUUCUGGAAGACUGGAUCUGGCAGAUGGUUGCCGCACUGAAGUCUGGAAUGGCCCAGCCAGUGAACGUGGGGCUGGCAGACUGGCUCACCCUGGCCUACCACCACUACACCAUGGCUGUCCACAACACCCGCCUCGUGGGCCGCGAGGUGGCCGCUCUCAUCCGGUGGCUGGAGGAAUCUGUUCAAUUUUCUCGAAGCAAUGUACACCUAAUUGGGUACAGCCUGGGUGCACAUGUCGCAGGAUUCGCUGGCAGUUACAUCGGCGGAAAGCACAAGAUCGGGAGAAUUACAGGGCUGGAUGCCGCGGGCCCUCUGUUUGAGGGAUCUUCGCCCAGUGACCGUCUUUCACCAGAUGAUGCCAAUUUUGUGGACGCCAUUCACACCUUUACCCGGGAGCACAUGGGCCUGAGCGUGGGCAUCAAACAGCCCAUAGCACACUAUGACUUCUACCCCAAUGGGGGCUACUUCCAACCUGGCUGCCACUUCCUACAGCUCUACAAACACAUUAGCAAGCACGGCUUAAAUGCCAUCACUCAGACCAUAAAAUGCUCCCACGAGCGCUCAGUACACCUCUUCAUCGACUCCCUGCUGCACGCCAGCAUGCAGAGCACGGCAUACCAGUGCAGUGACAUGGGCACCUUCAGCCAGGGCCUGUGCCUGAGCUGCAAGAAGGGCCACUGCAACACGCUGGGCUACCACGUCCGCCAGGAGUGGCAGGGCAAGAAGAGCAAGAAGCUCUUCCUCGCGACGCGGGCCCAGUCCCCCUUCAAAGUGUAUCAUUACCAGUUCAAGAUCCAGUUCAUCAACCAACUUGAGAAACCAGUAGAACCAACGUUUACCAUGACACUCCUGGGAACAAAAGAGGAAAACCAGAAAAUUACCAUCACUCUGGAUCAAGAAAUUACUAGUAAUAAAACCUAUUCCUUCCUUAUCACGUUGGAUUUGGAUAUCGGUGAGCUGGUCAUGAUCAAGUUCAAGUGGGAAAAUGGCGCAGUAUGGACCAAUGUCUGGAACACGGUCCAAACCAUCAUCCCAUGGAGCAGAAGGCCCCUCUACUCGGGUCUUGUUGCAAAGACCAUCAGAGUCAAGGCGGGAGAAACCCAGCAACGAAUGACAUUUUGCUCCGAAAACACGGAUGGCCUACAACUCCAACCAACCCAGGAGAAAACCUUUGUGAGAUGUAACAGAAACUCUAAAAAACUGAAGGGAAACAUCAGAUGAGCUUUAAUGAAGACCCAAUGUGAAAAACAAAUGAUCUUAUUCCUCCUCUGGAAUGGUUACUUUAUCUGGAAACCCAAGUUAUAUAAACAAUGUUGCAUAAAGUUGAAAUAAAGUUUAGAUUUAAAGGA